AUGGUUACUCGAGAACCUGUUGAUCGAUUUUUAUCCGGCUUCAUCGACAGAUGUAUACGAGUCGGAGAUUCAUGCUUUGGGUGCGGCCGCAAUAUGACUUGUUUUUUGGAAGAAGAAUACAGAAGAGCUGGAGAAUACGCAUUUGCCGAUAAAAAUGAUCUCAGAAAGCCAGAAAUAACUAAAGAGGAUAUUCACGUUUUUCCGCAAAACUGGAGAUGUGAUAUGGAUGAAUUCUAUGACAGAUACCAGUUCAUACGGUACUCAAACGAUCCCAGCAGGACACUUUUGGAGGAUCUGACGCCACUGCUGAGAUCUCAGAACGUGUCGGAAUCUGCAAUCAACUACAUUUCGGAAUCGCUCCGUUCCGGACGUACUGCUCACAGUACCGUGAAAACUGCUGCACGAGAGUUCCUUGAAGAUCGGAUUCGCCACAGUCCAUACCUUAUGGAAUUGAUUGUUCGUCUAUUUUAUUACGAUUACACGCUGUUCAACUAUCCACUGCCAAAUUUGGAUCACCUUUCUGAACAAGAUCUCACCACAAUUUCGACUGUAUGA